GUCCACAUGCAUUGAUUCGACAAGUGUUUAUUGAGCACCUGCCACGGACAAGGCCUUGUGUGAUUAAAUAGGGUUAUAAUUAGUAAUAUAAAAAUGAGAAAUCACUAAUGCUUUUUAGACUUAACAUUUUCUUUUUUUGUAGGUUUCAGGCACAGAACUGUAUAUCCAAUAAUAGUGAAAUGGAUCCCACUAAUUAUGACAGAAAUGAUGAUACAUUUAAAUGACUUGGAUGUUUUAUAGGUUGGCACUCAUCAUGAGCCCCUGUUCUCAUUCUGCAAAUGGUGAAGCUCUCUAUUGUCCUGACCCCACAGUUCCUGUCCCAUGACCAGGGCCAGCUCACCAAGGAGCUGCAGCAGCACGUAAAGUCAGUGACAUGCCCAUGCGAGUACCUGAGGAAGGUUAUCAAUACUCUGGCUGACCAUCGUCAUCGUGAGACUGACUUUGGUGGAAAUCCUUGGAUAAUUAUCAUUAUUGGGUUUCUGAGACGUUACACAUUUACCAUUCUCUUCUGCACAAAUUACCUUUGUGUGUCUUUCCUGAAGACUAUCUUCCAGUCUCGAAAUGGACAUGAUGGAUCCACGGAUGUACAGCAGAGAGCCUGGAGGUCCAACCGCAGUAGACAGGAAGGGCUGAGGUCCAUUUGUAUGCACACAAAGAAAAGAGUUUCUUCCUUUCCAGGAAAUAAAAGUGGCCUGAAAGACCUUGUGACUUUACGGAGAUAUGCGGAAACAAAAGUUAGAGCUAAAAUCCGUAACAUGAAGGUGACAACGAAAAUCAACCAUCGUGACAAAAUCAAUGGAAAGAGGAAGACCGCCAAAAAACAGAAACUAAGCAUGAAAGAAUGUGAGCAUGCAGAAAAGGAGAGGCAGGUAUCAGAGGCAGAGGAAAAUGGGAAACUGGAUAUGAAAGAAAUACACACCUACAAGAAAAUGUUUCAACGUGCGCAAGAGUUGCGGCAGCGGGCAAAGGACCACCACAAAUGCAAAAUCCCCCCUUCUGCAAGAAAGCCUCUUUGCAACCGGGUCAGAAUGGCAGCAGCGGAGCAUCGUCAUUCUUCAGGAUUGCCCUACUGGCCCUACCUCACAGCUGAAACUUUAAAAAACAGGAUGGGCUGCCAGCCACCUCCUCCAACUCAACAACAUUCUAUAACUGAUAACUCCCUGAGCCUCAAGACACCUCCCGAAUGUCUCCUUUGUCCCCUUCCACCCUCAGUGGAUGAUAAUAUCAAGGAGUGUCCUUUUGCUCCUCUUCCACCCUCUCCUCUUCCACCCUCAGUGGAUGAUAAUCUCAAGGAGUGUCUCCUUGUCCCUCUUCCACCCUCUCCUCUUCCACCCUCAGUGGAUGAUAAUAUCAAGGAGUGUCCUUUUGCUCCUCUUCCACCCUCUCCUCUUCCACCCUCAGUGGAUGAUAAUCUCAAGGAGUGUCUCCUUGUCCCUCUUCCACCCUCUCCUCUUCCACCCUCAGUGGAUGAUAAUCUCAAGACUCCUCCCUUAGCUACUCAGGAGGCUGAAGCGGAAAAAACCAUCCAAACCCAAGAGGUGGAGGGUGGAUGAGGUGGAGCAAUCACCCAAGCCCAACAGGCAGAGGGAGGCCGAGGCACAACAAUUACCCAAACCCCAGAGGCAGAGGUUGAGUAAGCUGAGAACACGCCAUUGCACUCAAGCCUGGGCAAUAAGAAUAAAUCCGUGGGUCGAAAAA